ACGUUGCGACGCGGUAAAACGCUUCGCGGACAAAGAGACUCUUUCUCUCGUUGACGUUCGUGCGACCAGUAAUAUCGUGCAACCGUACGAAACGAUCAAUGAUCCUCGACCAACGAAAUGAUCUAUACUCUCCGUGUGCGUCGAUAACGUUUCCUCCCGCCUGACGAGUUUUUUCAACGACGAAAAACAGUUGUGUACAAUGUGUUUAAUCGUCGAACGAACGUCAACGGGCACUGAGACGAGGGUGUGAAUUUCGUUACAGGGUUGCGAGAAGAAUGCAAAAAAUGGCUAUUGCCGCUUCAGAGAAUUAUCAACUCAAGUGGCACAGCUAUGGCGCGCAUCUGCAUAGCUCCGUCGCGACGUUACUUCAUUCAGAAUCCUUCGCAGAUGUCUUGUUAGCAACGUCCUGCGGCCGGCACGUGGCGGCUCAUCGAUUUGUCCUUGCCGCUUGCUCGUCGUACCUCAGUCACAUUUUUCAGACGUGUCAUUUCGGGGCAAAUACGAACGCUCCGAUAAUCGUGGUACUACCAACAGAAAUUGGAUAUCGUACGUUAAAAAUCCUGAUCCAAUACAUGUACAGUGGAGAAGCUACUGUAACAAACGAUCAGCUAGAGGGUGUUUUAAAAGCGGGCGAUAUAUUGCGUGUUCGCGGUUUAUGGAGAUCCAAUACAGGAAGUAAAAAAGAGAAUAUACAAUCGAACAACCAGAAGGUAGAUCGAGACAAACGAGAACAACCGUCUUUAACCGGUCAAAUUCAAAAGAUCAAACUGGUACAACCGGCCACGGAAAAGAUCGUUGAGAACGUGCAACAGAGUACACCGGUACAAAAUAACGUUCAACCUCAGAAACCUACCUCAGAGAGAAAAAGUAUCGAAAAAGUCGAGGAGAAAAUUAGCGAGCCAGAAACCAAAAAGGUGUUAGAAGAAAAUAAGAACAAUGAACAAAAUAAGAAUAAGGAGAAUCUGGAAGCGAACGGAAAGAAAAGGAAAACCACCAGUAGUGACGUGGAAUCUAAUAAAUCCAAAAGCGAAGACGGUGAAAACACCGAGUUAAACUUGGAGCUUUUAGUAAAAGACGAGCCAAUCUGGGAAGAAACCAUUGAUCCAUCGGAAUCAUUAACGAUAGACCAUGAGAUCGAUAUUAAACCGGAAAUCGUACACAGCGCAGACGAGGAAGAAGAAUACACGCCAUUAACGUGUGAUAUGUGUAGUCAAACGUUUAAUCGACCAUCAGACUGGGUGAGACAUAUUGAAUUUACGCACGCUGAUAUGACUGAAAAUCGAAGAAAAAAGAGGAAGGGUGAUGUAGACGACGAUAGCAAAGAUUUUCCACCCUUAAAGUGUGAUCUUUGUGGUAAUAUGUACUCGACGCCUCAAGAAUGGGUUCGUCAUAUACAAACAGAACAUACGGAAGAACAAUUAGCUUUAAUGAAUAACUCAGCACCUCCUAGACCAAAAAGGGUUCACAGUCAUCAAAAAUUGUGUAACAUUUGUCAAAAGGAAUUUCCAAGCCAUGCAUCGAUGGUGAUCCACCAAAGAACGCAUACAGGGGAAAAGCCUUUUCUUUGUUCCUAUUGUAAAAAAGGCUUUAACGUAAAAAGUAAUUUACUAAGGCAUCUAAGGACAUUGCAUGACAAGUAUGUACAUCCUAGCUUAUAUGGGAGUAAUGGUAACACGAAUGCUUAAGUCUCUUUGAUUUUCAAUUGUACAUGUUCUUUUUUUCUUGUUAAUAUCUCAUUUGCAAAGUAAACGUCACGAAACAUCUUAUACUUUUAGAAUUAUGUUUACAGACUGAAGGAGUAGUGUAUGCAUCGAUAAUCUUGCAUAAACAUGUCAAAUUGGUCCAAACAAUUAGACACUACCGAUGUUCGUGGCAUCUUUGAAAAUGAGCAGGUAUUAAAUGCUUAAUACGUUUCAUCGAAUUCAAACGAAUAAUUUUAAUAUUCUCCACUUAUAUUAAAAUUGUGUAAUUAUAUAUGUAUCGAUAUGAAUACGCAUUUAUCAUUUAUUAUGUGGAUAAACGUUUGUUUUUUUUUUUUUUUGCAAAUGCGAAAUUGUUCUGUUAAACACAAAAGCAAUAUCAGGGCUUUACAACCAAAGAGGCUGAUCACUAUUGCCAAAGUGUAUUGUUUCGUUGCGACUUUGAUUCGUUCUUUAAACAUAGAACAGAAUACGAAAAAUAUUUAUUUUAAUUAAAAUAUUGAUUUAAGCGUGUAAGAAUAAGAAAUGACGAUAUACAGGUCUUCGCAUACGAGCGUGUAAAAUAAUUCAUAGUAUAAAUCAACAUCUAUUGAUUAAUAUUUAAUUACUUAGUAACUAUACGAGAUCCAAAUUAUGUAAGAUUUAACUGUAUACUUCUAGGCUAUUCCAUCCAAGGUAGCCCUCUUAUUCCCUCAGCUCGUAAGCUAAUUAUGUAUUUUUAUAUUAAACUAGCUUAUACACAAAAAGUAUAAGAAAUAAGAUAAUUAAAAUAAGUAAAAACUUUCAACUUCGAUUAGGCUAGGAUAUAAGGGAUAACACGUAAUUCAAAAUUUAUCAAAUGUUUUGGAAAUAUAUUGAGUUCUUCUUACAUAUAAAAGAUGCAAUAUUAUCAAAACAUUGUCACAGUUUAAACGAUAACAAUAUAAAUCUUACAAAAAUGACACUACAUUACCAUGUUAAUCAUGAUCGUGUCACUACUAUGAAUCUUAGUGUCAAUUCUACGUUGCGCUAAUACUGUGACGAGCCAAAUGACUUUUAAAUGUAAAAUUUAAAUAUAUUACCUUCAAAGUA